UCUUAUAAAUAAGGCUACAAAGCGCUGUCGUUUCAAUUGUUCAUUUUUUAACGCUCAAAAAUGAAAAAACAAAAACCUCUGCUGAAAAUCGCAGAUCCAUACGUCGUCUGCGUGAUUUGAAGCUACUGCAGUAGCAAAGUUUCAAAAGAUUUAGGUCAGAUGGAUAUAAUCUCCCAAUUACAAGAGCAAGUGGAUACAAUAGCAUCUCUUGCAUUCAAUACGAUUGGGACGCUGCAAAGAGAUGCUCCUCCAGUGCGUCUCUCUCCAAAUUACCCGGAACCACCGGCUAGUAAUCCUGCUGAGGAUAUUGCUGACCAACCUAAGUUAAUGAGUGCUGCUCUUGUCAAGGCUGCUAAGCAGUUUGACGCUCUGGUGGCGGCACUUCCAUUGGCUGAAGGAGGCGAGGAAGCUCAACUGAAAAGGAUUGCGGAACUGCAGGCUGAAAAUGAUGCUGUAGGCCAGGAACUCCAAAGGCAACUUGAAGCUGCAGAGAAGGAAUUGAAGCAGGUCCAGGAGCUGUUUAGCCAAGCAACAGAUAAUUGCUUGAACUUGAAGAAGCCAGAUUAAUGAUGGCGCAUCACAUUUCUCAUUGUCGGGUAUUUGGCAAUCAAACAAUUGGCACAGCUGGAUAAAUUUCGAUUAUUGCAGAAGUAGGCUGGUCCUGGAGAUGGAUCUAUUUUUGGGCAUCAAAGUAGUCUGUGUAUUGCAGAAUCAUGUUAGAUCACAUAGGUUUAUGUUUAGACCAGUUGAUAUAUCAUAUAUGAGUCAAAAGAUUCAGCUUUUGCUAUUAUAUCUUACUUCUCUUCUGGGAACCUUUUCUUAUUGGUUCCUCUCUGAA